AUGGACCACACUGACUUACGACAUGAUGAACAACAUCAUGAAGUUACCCAGAUCCACCCAUGGAAAGAGAUUGCAUUUGGUGCCGUGUCCGGUAUGGUUGGCAAGCUCGUUGAGUUCCCAUUCGACACCAUUAAAGUUCGACUACAAUCAAACAACUCCCAUCCCGUAUCUACAAUGUCGAUGAUAUCGCGAACAUUUCGAAAUGAAGGGUUUAUGGGGUUCUAUAAAGGUUUGAAGGCUCCAUUACUUGGGGCAUGUUUGGAAAAUGCCGUCUUGUUUAGCAGUUACAAUUUUGCAACGGGUAUGUUGCAACCUCAUGGUGCAGAUUUAUCAAUGUGGUCUAAAUGUGCCAGUGGUGGGUUUGCUGGUUUCAUGGCUAGUUUUAUCUUGACUCCGGUGGAACUAGUCAAAUGCCAGUUGCAAGUUGCUAACUUGGCUAGCAAAUCGAGCUUACAUACUUAUUCUUCAGUUAUUGGUGAUACCUUGAAGCGAAGAGGGGUGAUUGGAUUAUGGAAUGGAUUGGGAUCUACUAUGGUUCGAGAAGUUGUGGGGACACUGAUUUGGUUUGGUACUUAUGAAUAUGUCAAUGAGUAUUUCGCCGCUUCGAAACACUCGUUUAUUAAAAACAAAGAUUUGCAGUUGUUGUUUAGUGGAGCUAUGGCUGGUGUAUUGUUUAACUUUUCCAUGUUCCCUGUUGACACCAUCAAGUCAAACAUACAGACGCAUGAUAUACUAGCAGGUGGAACCAGUAGCAGCAAACUCCACCAUCACAAGGCGACGGAUUUCUGGAAGGAGACGAAAAAGUUGUGCUCAAAACCAGGUGGAGUGAUGAACCUAUAUAAUGGAUUGGGGAUCACUAUGAUUAGAUGUAUCCCCGCCAAUGCAUUGAUUUUCUACACUUAUGAACUACUCAAACGAAACUUUUAA